AAAUACUCUCACUAGAUUGCUUGUUGUCAGUUAGUGGAUGUCGAUCAUGAGCUAUCCAGUAUUGUGUUGUUUUGUGAUAAUCGCUCUACUCGUAAUCGUGUUUUUAGACAACCAAGCGAGGGACGAUGGGACAAUAACUGAAGACCUGUGUACUCUAAUACAAAACAAAAAUAACCCCUUUUUUAGAAUAAGCAAAGAGGGGAGAAAUAUUUACACUGGACCAGUUGAGGCAUAUGAUAUUUUAGGUGACACAGUCAUAUUCAUUAACAAUCAAGAAGUGAAAACAUCGUCAGAAGAACAUUACGUCUACGUAAUAUUCUUGAAAGAACCUGCAAUAAAUGGUUUAUCUAUAAAAGAAAAAGAAUUCAACGUAAACGACAUCGAGAUAGGCGAUUUAUCACUGCUAGAACUGAAUGUUAAGAAAAUAAAUGCGAAUCUCUUGGAAAAAAAACUUGAAACUUCUUUUAAUCGAUACAAAAGGGAAUGUAAAAGUGGUAAUGAAGAAAAGGUAACAGAAGAGAUCAAUGAAAUAAAAAGAUUACUAAACGAAUUUAAAAUAUCAAUUCGCAUGGAACAAUACCAACAAAACUCUACAAGCAAAGUCUUUCCUAUAAUAAUUGUUGCGGUAGUUGCUAUUAUUUUCUUUCCUUUUUGUGUAGGUUACUAAUAAUAAUUUAAAAGACUGAUAUGUUUUGUACACACUUCUAACAAGUGAAAGAAUGGGAAAGAAAAGUAUUUUUAAAUGUUUAGUUUUUUUUUAAUUCUUAUCUGAGCGCUUUCGGCUUACACAGCCAUCAUCAUAGCUAUGCUAUAAUAAAGUAAAGAACUCUCAUGAGUAAGUAAAUUUAGAUUUGAUCUAUUUAUAAGUGUGUACAAGUCAUACAGUCUUUUUCAAUUCAAAUAAUUUAGAUUUAACAAAGUUUAACUGACGUCAAAAGUUUAAAGUACCAUUAAUCCAUCUUUAAUUUCCAAAAAAAUCCUUGUAUUUUACAAUAAAAAACUUUAGUUGUUGGUUGAA